AUGGCUUUUGCGUCGCUCCUCUCUCUUGUUGCGCUCGCCGCGAUCACUCGAGCUGCCCCUACCAGUAACUCUGCGGUCUGCUCCGACGGCACCACUGUCAGCAACGCAGCCUGCUGCGCGUUCAUCCCGCUAGCCCAGGAUCUGCAAGAGAAUGUCCUCGAAAACGAGUGCGGUGAAACUGCCCACGAGAUCAUCCGUUUGAUGUUCCACGAUGCCAUUGGUAUCAGCCAGAGCCUCGGUCCUUCAGCUGGCACCGGUGCUGACGGCUCAGUCCUACUGUUCCCGACGGUUGAGCCCGAGUUCUUCGAGAACGACGGUAUCUCCGACAGCGUCAACAACCUGCUGCCGUUCCUGCAGAGGCACGACGUCACCGCCGGCGACCUCGUCCAGUUCGCUGGCGCUGUAGCGCUGACCAACUGCCCCGGCGCACCGCGCAUCCAGUUCCUCGCCGGUCGCCCGAACGCGACUCAUCCGUCUAUCAACGGCCUCGUGCCCGAGCCGCAGGACAGCGUCGACACCAUCCUCGGCCGCUUCGCGGACGCGGGCAACUUCUCGGCGUUCGAGGUGAUCUCCCUCCUGGCCUCGCACAGCAUCGCCCGCGCAGACAAGGUCGACCUCGCCAUCGACGCCGCUCCCUUCGACUCCACUCCGUUCGUGAUGGACACUCAAAUCUUCCUCGAGGUCCUGCUCAAGGGUGUCGGCCUUCCCGGACCCGGCAACAGCUCCGCUGAGGUGCCCUCACCCCUCCCCGUCGGCAGCGGGAACGACACGGGCGAACUCCGCCUCCAGUCAGACUUCGCCCUCGCCCGCGACAAUCGCACUGCCUGCUUCUGGCAAGGGUUCGUCAACCAACAGGAUUUCAUGGCCAGCAGCUUCAGUGCCGCAGUCGCCAAGCUCGCGGUGCUCGGCCAGAACGUGGAAGAGCUCAUCGACUGCUCCGACGUCGUCCCGCCCGCUAGCACCGUCGCUGUCGCGCCCGCUUCUUUCCCGGCCACCAAGGGUCCGGCCGACCUGGAGAUCGCCUGUGACGCCCGGACGUUCCCCACCCUCACACAGGACCGUGGCGCCACCGAGACGUUGAUCCCUCACUGCCCCGACGGCAGCCAGAUUUGCCCCGACAACGACACGCCAGGGCCCGCCACCGACAACGAUGACCCCAGCACCGACCCUGGCACCAUCAACUAG